AUGAAAUCAGUUUUCCCAGAUUUGCUCCAAGUGAUCCCUGUGAGCAUCCACGUCAAUGUCAUCCUCUUCUCCACAAUCCUGGUCGUUCUAACCAUGGUGGGAACAGCCUUCUUCAUGUACAAUGCUUUUGGCAAGCCCUUUGAAACCCUGCAUGGUCCACUAGGGUUGUAUCUUUUGAGCUUCAUUUCAGGCUCCUGUGGCUGCCUUGUCAUGAUACUAUUUGCCUCUGAAGUGAAAAUCCACCACCUCUCAGAAAAAAUUGCAAAUUAUAAAGAAGGGACUUAUGCCUACAAAACGCAAAGUGAAAAAUACACCACUUCGUUCUGGCUGACCAAAGGCCACAUCUGA